AGAUAGGUUUCUCCUCCAACAAUGACAACAACAACCACAACACAUAACACCAAACCUUAAUUACCUCGUAAUAAUCUCCAUCCAUCCAUGGAAUUGCUGUAUUCAUUCAUCCAAUGCAUAUAUAAGUAGCAUGCACAACCCAUCUCCAAACCUCAAACAUCAUUCAUCAUCGUACUAAACUCUAAACCCUAAACCCUAAACCGUAACCAGAGUCAUUCAACGUCAGCCAUGACCACCGUCAAGCUCAUUUCCCUCCUCCUAGUAGCCUCCCUCGCCAUCAUCAUCCAGCCCGCCAUCUCCGGCGACCCGGACAUCCUCACCGACUUCAUCACCCCGCCCAACACCAACACCAUCGACGGCUCCUUCUUCACCUUCUCCGGCUUCGGCAUCCUCGUCAACGGCACCCAACUCCCCGACAAGUUCACAGUCGUGAAGGCCACCAUGGCCCAGUUCCCGGCCCUCAACGGCCAGAGCGUCUCCUACGCCACGCUCCUCUUCCCCAACGGCACAACCAACCCUCCCCACACCCACCCACGCGCCGCCGAGCUCCUCUUCGUCCUCGACGGCGAGCUCAACGUCGGCUUCGUCGACACCGCCGGCAAGCUCUACACCCAGAACCUCCAGGUCGGCGACAUGUUCGUCUUCCCCAAGGGCCUCGUCCACUUCCAGUACAACGCCGGGGCGGGCUACGCCAUCGCGCUGUCGGCUUUCGGGAGUGCGAACGCUGGAACGGUGUCGCUUCCCGGUACGUUGUUCGCGACCGGUAUAGACGACGUCGUUUUGGCUAAGUCGUUCAAGACCGACGUCGGCGUCAUUCAGAAGCUCAAGGCUGGCCUCGCCGUCAAGCCCUGAUUAAUCAUGAUUUAAUAUUAUCUAAAUUAAUAAUUUUUAUUGUACGUGGCCUUUUCUGCUGUGAUUUUCCGCCAUUUUUGUUUGCUUUUGUUUUGUCGUGACUUGUGAUCCGAUAAUAAUGAAUGAAUAAGCCACACACGGUGGAUGUAGCAUUUCUUUCAAAUGGGCUAUGCAGUUUGUGUGAUGGGCUUUUAAAAUUUGGGCUUCUUUUUAUGAAAUGGGCCGGACCAAGUCCACCUACAGCACAGUCCGCAACAUGCAUAUCAUUAUCAAAAUAUCAGUAUGAACAAUGAAGGAGUAGGGAGAAU